AUGCUUCGAGUUAUUCAAUUUGUUAGAUCAGAAAAACAUGGGAUACAAAUUCCGUUGAACAAUGUUAAUGAUCGUUUAUGUGCAAUGUUAGGCGUUUCAUCCCGUUCGAUUGAUAAUCUGAAGAAAGAAUUGAAAGAAAUUGAGGCAUCUCAAGAAGAACCAUCACAUAGGAGCCUUCGAUCAGGAUCGAGUACAAGUAUCACUGAUGAAACAAUGGAGCAGUCAGAGCUAGUCAGUGGCCGUCCAAAAAUUAAUUUAUCUGAUUUUGGUAAGGAUAUGAUUCGAUAUGAAUUUCAUCUUUUAUUGGCUGAACGAGUCUACCCUACAUUGGAUCGCAUGAUGACUCGAUUGUUAGCCGAUUUUCCUGAAUUUCCAAUCAAAAGUAAAACAACAUUGUCGAAACAAUUAAAACAAAUGGGAUUUGUUUAUCGAAAAACAUCGAAAAUUAAAACACCAUUGAAAUCAACAUUUUUUAUGUCCCAAAGAGCGAAGUCUUGGAAUAAAAACCAAAUUCGUCAAUGGUUGAUUUAUCAUUCAGUACCAUUCCUUGACCAAUAUAGUACAUCUGAACUUCUUGAACUAAGCUAUGCAUUUGCACCAGAAACAAAAUAUAUUGUCGAUGAAACAGUCAAACAAUUUUAUAUUGAAAUUCUACGUUUACCAGUUCGUCAUUGUAUACUUAAUCCUAUUGAAAGAUGCUGGGCUGAACUUAAGAACUCUGUUCGAGAUCAAAAUACUACAUUUCAAUUAAAAGAUGUUGAAAAAUUAGUAUGGAACUGGCUUUACAAUUGUGACUCAACAUUCAUAUCAAGUUGCAUCGAUCAUGUACACGUAUACGAAAAAAACUUCAAAAAAGCUGAUCAGUUUAUACAAGAAAUCGAGGAUGAACUAAGUGAUGAUGAUAAUGUUGACAAUGACUCCGACUUGACUGAAGAUGAUGAUGAAGAUCAAUAG